AUGGCCUGCUCCUUCUACAUUUUCGGAACACCAGCCCGCUCCCCGAAAGUGAUCGAUAGUAUAUCUUGGCUCGCACUGUGAUGAUUGUGAUUCUGAGCUCUCAGGUUCAUACAGCGAGUUAUGGUCUUCACUGAUCUCACUCUCCAUCAGCUCCAUCUGUGGCGUAUAGGGGCAGGAUUCGGUUGUAUACUGAUGGUCGUGAGCGCAAUCUAACUGGGCCCCGAGAUCUUUAGUGAUGGUCCUGGUGGACCUCUUCUCCACCGCAGCACAGGAACACUCUGGCAACCAGGGGUCAGUUUGGCAUGCUGUACUAACCGUUCUUUCCUGUUGGUAGAAAACAAUUAAGGCAUCUAUUAGACUAUAGUUAUAUUCAAGAAUCACUACAUAUAGUGUAUAUUGUCCAUUUUAUAUCCAAAAUGGCCUCAGGGACGACAGAUUGUGUCUUGAAAUAAACAAUAGCCUUAGAAAUAACAUGGAUUUGUAUGUACCUCCUCUGCCUCCUGCACAGUCUCCUCCAGGAUGAAAACCUUUUCAGGGAUGAAGAUGUCAUCCUGAAAACAAACAAACGUUUUGUUAAGACAACUGAACCCAAAUGGUGAUGAUGGUCGGUCGGUAACCCCUACACCAUAACCCUCGGAAUUUAAAAUGGAAGCGCAAGCAGAGGGCUUCAACGUAGGCCUAUGACUCCUUUCCAUUCGGAAACUCCCGGUUGCCGCAUCAAAAGUGCCCUUCAUCGUGCUGUCUGCAGAUCCUGCUAGCUCGAGCUGGCACGUCCUUCCUCUUCAGGACAUGGAGCCACUUCUUCAAAAGCUGUGGGUCCUUGGGCAGCCUAUGGUAGCUUACAGAGGGAUUUUUAGACCCAAUUCAUACAGCCUGGCUCUAUACAGUUAAUGUUUGAAUUACUACUUGUUGUUGCCAUCUUGUUGUCCGCACCUAACCUCACUCUCUUCGAUGCACUCUCCACGCGAAAACUCAAUACCACAGACAAUUUGCUGAUUCCUGCCAGUGACGCACUGGCGUCAGUCGUUACUAUGGCAAUUUAAAAUGGCGCUGACCAUAGCUCAAAUAAACCUUGUCGAUGAUCAAAAUACUAAAUAUAGAGAUGUUUUUAUGUUAAAUUUUUAGUAUUAGUGGAUUGAAUUUUUAGUAUUAGUGGAUUGAAUACAUCUCUUUGUUUAGAUUUACUUCCUAAAGUGUUUCCAUUCCCCUUUAAACAUGCUGCAACUGACUGGAGGCAGGACAUACAACGAGCAGGCUAAAUAGAAUGUCUCUGGGGUGAUUGACUGAUGAGCUGUCAGCCAUUCUAACUAAAGGGACAAACUAGUGGUGCAUAGGGAAAUCUAAAUAUGAAGGCCUGAUUGGAAGCUCCUCAGAGGCGGAAGGGGAGGACCAUCCUCCUCAGUGAAUGUCAUAAAAAUAAAAAUAGUGAAACGUUAAAAAAGUUAUCUUUUUUUUAGAUAAAACUAUACUAAAUAUAUUCACGUCACCAAAUAAUUUAUUAAAACACACUGUUUUGCCAUGCAGGUCUACAGUAGCCUCAACUGCAUGGUGUAGCUGGAGGACAGCUAGUUUCCGGCCUCCUCUGGGUACAUUGACUUCAAAACAAAACCUAGGAGGCUCAUGGUUCUCACCCCCUUCCAUAAACUUACACAUGAAUUAUGAAAAUUUCUGGAGGACUUUCUCCAACCUAUCAGAGCUCUUGCAGCAUGAACUGACAUGUUGUCCACCCAAUCAAAGGAGCAGAGAAUGAAUCUAGUACUGAACGCAUAAGCUACAGAUAGCUAGCACUGCAGUGCAUAAAAUGUGGUGAGUAGUUGACUCAAAGAGAGAGAAAGGCAAUAGUUGAACAAAUUAAUUUCUUUAAAAAUUAAGGAGAACCAAGAGAGAGAGAGAGAGAAAUAUGUUGUAUUUUUUUCACUUUAAUUUAGCUAGCGAAUGCAGCUAGCUAGUUUAACCUACUCAAACACCCGGCUCAAACAGAGAGGGAUGCUAUGUUAGCUAGCUGGCUAUGGCUAUCCAAAAUAAAAAACACUGUAUGGUUCUUCAAAAGGUUAUUUGUAGAACCUUUGAGAUUGAGAAAGGUUCUUUAUAGAACCAUUUUCCAUAAAGGUUCUAUAAAGAACCAUUAACAAGGGGUAUAACCAUAGGUGAAUGCUUUGGUGCUGUAUAUAACCUUUUUUUAAUGAUUAUUUGUAGCUUAGGAAAGGGUUCUUUAUAGCACCAUAAAGGUUCUUUAUAGUGCCUUCAAUAAAGGGUUCUUACACCACCCCAAAAGGGAUCUGCUAUGGUUACAAGCCAAAUAACCCUUAUUUGGCACUGUAGAACCAUUUGUGUGUGUGUAGAGAGAGGGCAAGCCAAAUCAAGCAAUGAACAUUUAUAUCCAAUAUAAUAUAUCCGGUUUGUGACAAAAUAAAGUCAGUUCCUCAGUCUUCAAGUGGUAGGUGAGUGGUAGGUGGUGUGGCUCCGGGGUGAAGUGUUGGGAGCCACACCACCUGAUCUAGGAUCAGCUUCCACAUUCCCCACCUUUUAACCAUUAGUGGAGAAAAUGCAAAACGGACCCAAGAUCAGCAUCUAGGGGCACCUUUACUCUACUCCGGAUGGUUUGACUAACCCGUCCCCCUGUUGCUCUGCGCUGUGUAUAUAGGCUGAGCUGACCAAGCAGCAAAACAACUUUAAGAUUGUGCUGAAGCAGCUGGAGGACUCUCUGCUGGCUCGACUCUCGGCCGCCUCUGGCAACUUCCUGGGAGACACCGCCCUCGUAGAGAACCUGGAGAUCACCAAGGCAACCGCCACCGAGAUCGAGGAGAAGGUACACGCACACACAAACACACUUUCUCAAAUUAUGGUCUAUUAUGGUGUGAAGGUGAGCGGAGAGUGUUUGGGUUUGUGGCCCUCAGGUGCGCGAAGCGAAGAUAACAGAGGUUAAGAUCAACGAGGCCAGAGAGAACUACAGACCUGCGUCGAUACGAGCUGCUCUGCUCUACUUUAUCCUCAACGACCUGAACAAAAUCAACCCCAUCUACCAGUUCUCCCUCAAAGUGACACUCCACAGAACUCUAGAAUCACACACUCUCAAUACUCAUGACUUUAUUAUCAACCUCAGAACUUAAGAACUUAAGAACUUAAGUUUUGGUGUGUGUGUCUGUCUGUGUGUGUAGGCCUUCAGUGUUGUCUUUGAGGUGGCCAUCAUGCUUACAGAGCCGGCGGACGAGGUGAAACAGAGAGUGAACAACCUGAUUGACCAGAUCACCUACUCUGUGUUCAUGUACACCAACCGUAGCCUGUUUGAGAGGGACAAGCUUACCUUCAUCGCUCAGGUCGCAUUCCAGGUCAGAAAACACAGCAGAUAGGCUGUACUGAAUAGGCCUAUGAGCCCUGGUCAAAAGUAAAGCACUAAAUAGGGAAUAGGUACCGUUUGGGAUGCACACAGAAUAUGACUUUUAAAAGAAUAGAAACUUACAGAAUCAAAGUGACAUUUGGUGACACACAUAGGCCCAUAUACUUACAUAGAACAUUUCUGCUUGGUGGAUGAGAAUACUGUUCAUAUCUAUAUGUGUGUGUGUGUGAGUAGAUCUUGCUGAUGAAGAAGGAGAUCAAUCCUACGGAGCUGGACUUCCUCCUGAGGUUCCCAUACAAAGCUGGCCUGGGCUCUCCUGUCGACUUCCUUGCCAACCAGGGCUGGGGCGGCAUCAAGGUGGGCACAGCCCAAACACACACACACACACUCUACACUCUCAGAAGAAAGGGUACGGUUAGGGUACAGUAUUGUAACCAGUGGUUUAAUCAAAUUUCCCUUCAGAAGUACACAUAUAAUCUCACAUGGUACUGUGCGGUACCUUUUAGGUACAUGUGCGGAUAAUCUAGUUAAAUGGUACAUUUUUGUACCCAAUAUUUUGAAUAUAAAGGUACAAUCAUCACACACUCUCAAAAGCCUUGCCCGUCAUUAUCAUAUUUCCCAGCAUGAAAGUUGAUUUUUAGAAUUGUUUGUUUCAAUAUGUGUGUUUUUGCAUGCACAUUGAUUGAUCUUAUGCUACACAAAGAUAAAUAGCAUACAUUUUUCUAAACUAAUCCAAACUGUUAGAAGUUGGACUUAUUACCAGAGGUGGGAUCAAGUCAGUAUUAUUCUAAUCACAAGCAAGUCUCAAGUCACAAGGUCCUAGUCUCAAGUUGAGUCCCAAGUAGAAUGGGCCAAGACUCGAGUCAAAGUCGUGCAUUCUAAGAGCAAGUCAAGUUGAGUCACAAGUUUAAGUCAAGUCUCAAGUCAAGUAAAAUAAAAUCGAUACAUGCAACGACUUGUUCAACUACAAAUCAUUGUCUAUUUCUCGAGGCUACAGGACAGCCCUUUUCAUUAUUUUGUCUACAACAUAUGUUUAUUAAAAUAUGGACCAUGUAGCAGUCAGAAGGGCAUGAAAUCAGCAGAAGGCAAGGCAGGUUGACGUGCAGAUUUAUUUACAGGUCUUAGUGAUCCAAUGGUGAAAGCGCCAUAUCAUACAAAAUAUACACGUAGCUUUACCAAAUAUACACAGGCAAUAGCCUCUGUAUCAGGCUUAACCUGUCCUAUCUGAGAAACCAAAUCCAAUCUGUCUAACAGGAGCUCAAACAGGUAGGCCUACAUAAUAAGCAAUUGGUCGUCAGGACCAUACAAUUAACCAAUUGGCAAUUACAACCAAUAAACUGGUUCUACAAUGUAAAAGGCCAUUUCCACAUCCAUUGUUACAUUGGUACAUUGGUCUUAAUCAGACUUAAUGAUUAUUAAUGAUAUUCCAACACCAAGCAUACAUUAAACAAUAAUUUUAUCUUAUUCAACCCUCUGACUCCAAAGCAUGGACGCAGUAGCCUAUUUCUAUGGGCACUAAGGCAUGUUUGCUCCUAUUACGAACAACAAAAAUGACAGAGACAUAGGACACAGACACACGCAACUCCGACAUAACCCGGGAAAUAUGAACAAAGGAAACUAUACAUUGAAUUAAAUAAACAUAACGUCUACCUCAUGUGUCUUGCGAAUGUUCAUGUGCACAAUAAACAUCGCGCCCACUCAGAGCAGGGUAAGAAAUGGUUGGCUAUAAAAUGAAAAUGUAUCGUAGGCCUAUCAAACAUGAAACAGAAAUGUCUACGUGUUGCAAUAAACAUUAAUGGAAUUAUGAAACGCAAUGGAAUAUAGAUUUACCCCAUAGGGCUUAUGCAUUUAAACGUGUGAAAGCAACAGCUAAUAUUUUAUUUCAACAAGAGAAAAAAAGCACACUCCACUGGCAGGAGUUUGGAGACUGCAAGUGAAGAGCAGUGCCUAUGGUGCAUCUUUGCCACAGUAAUAUUUGAUUUUAACAACAAAUUCCAAAUACAAGCUUCAUAACUAAAUGAUCAAUAUCAAGCAAUUGUUACAUACCAAAAGACCAGUAGACCUAUGCUAGUAAUUGUUGCUGGUGAGCUUGCAAAGUAAACAGUUAAUAUUCUUGAUCACCAAACAAUUUUUGGAGCUGCAUAUUUAUUUAUUAUGGUAAUCCUCUCUCACUACAAUUUGCCGUUUGCGCUGCACCGGAACCUAUAGCUGUACUUUAAAUCAACAAUCUGUUCGCUAGCUCACCCGACCUGUGUUGACUGACAGUUUGUGGUCCAAUCAGAGUGCAGAGUGUGUGUUUCACUAGCCAAUCUGUUGCAGUUUUUUUUGCAAGGGUGAUGCUGCUGCUACUGUCUCUGGCUGCGUGAAGAUUAAUACACGUAACCAAACCAUAUACUUGAUGUAUCUGUUAUUAUCAAGAUGAACAAUCAAGCAUGGCGCAAUCAACCUGUCAGUGACUACUCGUGCCCUGUGGAUGGGGACAUUGUCAUCCUAUGGGGGCAUUGCCAUGGUAGCCAAAAUAAUGGCCUGCCUAGCAUUUAUGUACAUGACCCUAAGCAUCCCAAAUGAAAAAAGAUAUAGUAUACUAUGGUAUUAAUGCUAUAGUAUUCACUGUAGUGUUUUUGUGGAAUUUACUGCAGUAUUCACUGUAUAGUUUUUGAAUACUGUAGUAUUUACUGUAGUAUACUAUAGUAUUUGCAGUUAAUUAUAGUAUAAAUACUGUAGUAAGAUAACUGUAGUAUAUACUAUAGUAAUUAAUGUAGUGUUUAUGCGGAUUGUAGUAUACUGUAGUGUUUUUGCAGACAUUACCGUAGUAUUUAUUAUAGUGUUUUUGUUUUAUUAUCUUUGACAUAGAAGUGGGCUUUCUCCUUCAGGAAACCUACUGGAGAAAUACAAAAAUAGCAUAUUUUCCAUAGCCUGUAGGUAGGUCUGGGUUCUGAACAGAUAGUUCAGAGCUUCUGCUCUUUUCUAUAACCUUUAGGGAACACAAUAUAUGGUUUAUACUUGGCAUUUAGGUUUCUCACUUACAGGUGGCACAAAUUGUGAUAUAGGGGAGGGGAAUGGACAGGGUAUAUGCUAAUUAAAUACUGUAGCAUUUACUAUAGUUAAAAAAGUGUCGUGUUUUUGCAGACUAGUGUUUUUGUGGAUAAUACUGUAGUAUUUACUAGAGUAUUCUACAGUAUACUACAGUUUACUAUAGAAUUCUAUAGUAAACUGUAGUAUUUUUUCAUUUGGGAUGUUGGGAUGCUAAUUGCUUAAUUAACUCAGGAACCACACCUGUGUGAAGCACCUGCUUUCAAUAUACUUUGUGUCCCUCAUUUACUCAAGUGUUUCCAUUAUUUUGGCAGUUACCUGUAUGUAAUGUGUUGUCAUAAAGACUUUAAUUUCAAUGAUAAAAUAUUCACUUAGGCACUCACUUGGUGAAGGCUACAGAACUGAAAGCCAUUGAAAGCCACAACCAUGUCUCUGUCACUAGCAAACACAGUCAUGGGUGGUACUGGUAACACUAAAUUACUCCAAAUACCCUGGGAUAUAUGCAAAAAGGCUUUACACUCUACAGUGUUAAAACAACACCCCAAAACCUUUUUAGAGGUAUAUUUUUGCCACUUAAAAGGAACGAACGACCUUGUCAAUGUGGUGGUACCCGAAAAAGGCAAAAUUGUGCCUUUUCUAAAGGUAUGCUUUUGUACCUGUACUAUCUUGUCCCAUAAGGUACACUAUUGGCUCUAUUAAGGUACAAACUGCAAGGGUACAAUUAUGUACCUAUAACUAAAGGUAUAACUUACGUACCACUACAGUGACAAGCGUUUGUACACCUUUAAGAACAAAUCUAAACCUUUAUUUCUGAGAGCGUACCGACACACACACACUAUCGACCUGCAUAGCUGAGUAAUAUAGGUGUGUGUGUGUGUCAGGCCCUGUCGGAGUUUGAUGAGUUUAAGAACCUGGACCGGGACAUGGAGGGAUCUGCGAAGCGCUGGAAGAAGUUUGUGGAGUCGGAGGCUCCGGAGAAGGAAAAGUUUCCUCAAGAGUGGAAGAACAAGACGGGCCUCCAAAAACUGUGCAUGAUGAGGUGUAUGAGACCGGACCGCAUGUCCUACGCAGUCAGGUACGAGACACGUAUGCACACACAUAUACCCAUGUAAAGGAAGCAGUUAGGUGUUUGUUCCGGUAAUGUUGAGUGUUUGUUCUGUGUGUUGUAGUACCUUUGUGGAGGAGAAGAUGGGUACAAAGUACGUGGAGGGGAGGAGCGUGGAAUUCGCCGUGUCAUUUGAGGAGAGCAGCUCGUCUACUCCCAUGUUCUUCAUCCUCUCCCCGGGAGUCGACCCCCUCAAAGAUGUGGAAGCCCUAGGUCUGUACACGCACACACGAACACACACACACGAACACACACACACACAUUCUUGCUAUAGUACCUUGAACCCUAUCUGUUUCAUGUCUAACCUGCCAUCCUGUCAUUUGGUCCAGGUAAGAAGAUGGGCUUCACCUUUGACAACGGGAAGUUCCACAACGUGUCUCUGGGUCAGGGCCAGGAGGUGGUGGCCGAGGCUGCUCUGAACGUGGCAGCUAGAGAAGGACACUGGGUUAUACUGCAGGUACACUGUAUGGGCACCACUUACUCUUUACUCACAGGCUGGAGUUUGAACAGCAUGCACGUUAUUAGCUUCGUCUCAAAUGGCACCCUAUUCCACUAUAUAGGGAAGACUAGGGUCUUAUAAAAAUCGGUUUAAUUUUUUGCCUAAUUCCAUAUAUAUCUUUCCCAAAUUCAGUUUUCUCCAUUUAGUUUUUCCAGGUUUCUGAUUUGUCAGUUUCUUCAGGUUUUCACUCUCAGAAUCACCAUUUUACGUCCACAACGAUACUUAAACCACAUCAGGAGACCUAUUUUGACGUUUGGGAAAAAUCUAAGAAAUUUUCAUUUUUGGGUGUAGAUACCCUUUAAUUCAAGUGUGCACCAGCAAGAUACUUGUUUGGUUAGUGGUGUUUCUGUAGUGCACAUUUGAUUGCAGAGUUUGCUAAUCAAAUCACCUGUCAUGGGGUGCUGAGGGUGGGUGUGAUGCAGGAAUCAAGCGCAGGACGCAGAAGCUAAGUCCAAAAGACUUUAGUGAGUUAUUCACGUAGUACACGAGAACACUAAGCCCGGAGGCGAAAUAACGGCGCACACAGGCGUCAAACAAAAGGGCGCACAAACAUGUGCGAAAACCUCUCCAAACACGGAGGGAAGAAUACGUAGCUCCGAACACCAAACAGAGGAGCAAUCACACACAACACCAUACACACACAACGAGAACUAAAUAGGACACUAAUGAGGACUAACUAGACACAGGUGUACAACAUCCAGACAAAACCAAACGAACAUGAAACAUAGAUCGGUGGCAGCUAGUACUCCGGGGACGACGACCGCCGAAACCUGCCCGAACAAGGAGGAGGAGCAGCCUCGGCCGAAACCGUGACAUUACCCCCCCCCCCUUGACGCGCGGCCCCAGCCGUGUGCCGACCCCGGCCUCGGGGACGACCAGGAGGGCGCGGAGCAGGGCGCGCGGGAUGGUCCCGGUGGAACUCCGACAGGAGAGAUGGGUCUAGGAUGUCCCUCCGCGGCACCCAGCACCGCUCCUCCGGGCCGUACCCCUCCCACUCCACGAGAUACUGGAGACCCCCCAUCCGGCGUCUUGAGUCCAAGAUGGACCGAACGGUGUACGCCGGAGCCCCCUCGAUGUCCAGUGGGGGCGGAGGAGUCUCUCCUAUCUCACCUUCCUGGAGUGGACCAGCUACCACCGGCCUGAGAAGAGACACAUGGAACGAGGGGUUAAUAUUCUUAUAUUCAACAGGCAGAUGUAACCUAUAACACACCUCGUUCAAUCUUCUCAGGACUUUAAAAGGCCCCACAAACCACCGACCCAGCUUCCGGCAGGGCAGGCGGAGGGGUAGGUUUCUGGUAGAGAGCCAGACUCGAUCUCCGGGUGCGUACACCGGCCCCUCACUGCAGUGGAGAUCGGCGCUCGCCUUGUGAUGACGGAUGGCCCGCUGCAGAUGGACGUGUGCAGCGUUCCACGUCUCCUCCGAGCGCCUCAUCCAAUCAUCCACCGCAGGGGCCUCGAUCUGGCUCUGCUGCCAAGGUGCCAGAACCGGCUGGUAACCUAACACACAUUGGAAGGGGGUUAGGUUGGUAGAGGAGUGGCGGAGAGAGUUCUGGGCCAUCUCGGCCCAGGGAAUGUACCGAGCCCACUCCUCAGGCCGGUCCUGGCAAUACGACCUCAGAAACCUCCCCACAUCCUGGUUGACUCGUUCUACCUGCCCGUUACUCUCCGGGUGAUACCCUGAGGUAAGGCUCACCAAGACCCCCAAACGUUCCAUGAACGCUCUCCAUACUCGGGAGGUAAACUGGGGGCCUCGAUCAGACACUAUAUCCUCGGGUACCCCGUAAUGCCGGAAGACGUGGGUAAAUAGGGCCUCUGCGGUUUGUAGGGCAGUAGGAAGACCCGACAUAGGGAGAAGACGACAGGCCUUAGAGAACCGGUCCACAACGACCAGGAUGGUGGUAUUCCCCUGAGAGAGGGGAAGGUCUGUCACAAAAUCCACUGAGAGGUGGGACCAUGGUCGUUGUGGAACGGGCAGGGGUUGUAACUUACCCCUGGGCAGGUGUCUGGGCGCCUUACACUGGGCGCACACCGAGCAGGAGGAGACAUAAACCCUCACAUCCCUGGCUAACGUGGGCCACCAGUAUUUAGUGCUAAGACAAUGCACUGUCCGGCCAAUACCCGGAUGUCCAGAGGAGGGUGACGUGUGAGCCCAGUAAAUGAGUCGAUCCCGAAUCUCGAGCGGAACGUACUUCCGACCCUCAGGACACUGUGGAGGGCUGGGGUCGGUACGCAACGCCCGCUCGAUUUCAGCAUCGACCUCCCACACCACCGGUGCCACAAGACAAGACUCCGGUAGUAUGGGAGUAGGCUCAACGGACCUCUCCUCCGUGUCAUACCGCCGGGACAGCGCAUCUGCCUUACCAUUCUGGGUCCCAGGGAUGUACGUGAUUUUAAAUACGAACCUGGCGAGAAACAUACUCCAUCGAGCCUGGCGAGGGUUCAGUCUCCUCGCUGCCCGGAUGUACUCCAGGUUCCGAUGGUCAGUCAAAAUGAGGAAAGGGUGUUGAGCCCCCUCAAGCCAAUGCCUCCACACCUUAAGGGCCUGAACUACAGCUAACAGCUCCCUGUCCCCGACGUCAUAAUUUCGCUCCGCCGGGCUGAGCUUUUUUGAGUAAAAAGCACAGGGGCGGAGUUUAGGUGGCGUGCCGGACCGUUGAGAGAGCACGGCCCCUAUACCGGCUUCAGACGCGUCCACCUCUACCUGAAAGGGUAAUGCGGGGUCCGGAUGCGCCAGCACCGGAGCCGACGUAAACAGGUCCUUCAGUCUCUUAAAGGCCCUGUCCGCAUCAGCUGACCACUGCAGGCGCACCGGACCCCCUUUCAGAAGGGACGUGAUGGGAGCUGCCACCUGUCCAAAACCCCGGAUAAACCUCCGGUAGUAAUUCGCAAAGCCCAAGAACUGCUGCACCUCUUUGACAGUGGUUGGGGUUUGCCAAUUACGCACAGCUGACACACGAUCCACCUCCAUUCUCACCCCUGACGCGGACAACCGAUAACCCAAAAAGGAGACCGACUCCUGGAAAAACAGACAUUUCUCUGCCUUGACAUAUAGGUCGUGCUCCAACAGCCUCCUCAAUACACGACGCACCAGGGCUAUAUGCUCGGCUCGGGUAGACGAGUACACUAGAAUGUCAUCAAUGUACACGACCACCCCUUGCCCCUGCAUAUCCCGGAAAAUGUCAUCUACGAAGGAUUGGAAGACUGAUGGAGCAUUCAUCAACCCAUAUGGCAUGACGAGAUACUCGAAAUGACCUGACGUGGUACUAAACGCUGUUUUCCAUUCGUCGCCCUCCCUAAUGCGCACCAAGUUAUACGCGCUCCUGAGAUCCAGUUUUGUGAAAAACCGCGCUCCAUGCAAUGACGCCGUCAUGGUCGCAAUCAGAGGGAGUGGAUAACUGUAUUUCACAGUAAUCUGAUUGAGACCACGGUAAUCGAUGCACGGGCGCAACCCUCCAUCUUUUUUCUUCACAAAAAAGAAGCUUGAGGAGGCGGGAGAAGUGGAGGGCCGUAUGUAUCCUUGUCUCAAAGAUUAGUCUAUGUAAGUUUCCAUAGCUUUUCUCUCCUCUUGAGACAAAGGAUACACGUGGCUCCGUGGGAGCGCUGCUCCUGCCUGGAGAUCAAUCGCACAAUCCCCCUGUCUAUGAGGAGGCAACUGCGUCGCCCUAGCUUUACUAAACACGAGAGCUAAAUCCCCAUAUUCAGGCGGAAUGUGCAGUGCGGGCACUUGGUUUGGACUUUCCACCGAAGUCGCCCCUACGGAAACACCCAGACAUCGCCCCUCACACUGAGCAGACCACCCAUCGAGAGCCCUCUGUUGCCACGAAAUAGCAGGGUUAUGGGUGCUUAACCAGGGAAUUCCCAGCACCACCGGGUACGCAGGAGAGUCGAUCAGAUACAACUGUAUAGUCUCCUCAUGACCCCCCUGCGCACACAUCCUAAGUGGCGCUGUGACUUCCCUAAUCAACCCCGACCCCAACGGGCGGCUAUCUAAAGCAUGAACGGGAAAAGGCUUGUCAACAGGUAGGAGAGGGAUCCCUAAAUCUAAACAAAACUUCCGAUCAACAAAAUUCCCAGCUGCGCCUGAAUCUACUAGCGCCUUAUGCUGGGAAUGAGGUGCAACCUGUGGAAAACAAACAGGUAUACAAAAGUGCGCAACAGAGAGCUCUGGGUAAGUGGGGCGUCUACUCACCUGGGAAGCCUCCCCAGUGCGUGGCCUGUUGUCUCCUCCCUCGGGGAACCCUCCCCAGCACCUGGCCGCAGUGUGCCCUCCACGACCGCACUUGGUGCAGGGGACAGGCCCCCUCGGGCUCCUCCUCCUCCUUCCUCUAGCGCCAGCACCCCCGAGCUCCAUAGGGCUCGGCUCGGAGGUGCCGGAGGGUGGAAUGGACGGACCCCACUCGGGACGUCCACGGGUGGCCAGCAGGGUGUCCAGACGGAUGGACAUAUCGACCAACUGGUCGAAGGUGAAAUUGGUGUCCCUGCAGGCCAACUCACGUUGAACGUCCUCCCGUAGGCUACAUCGAAAAUGGUCGAUGAGGGCCCGUUCAUUCCACCCUGCGUCUGCCGCUAGAGUCCGGAACUCCAGCGCGAACUCCUGUGCGCUCCUCCUCCCCUGUCUCAGGUGGACUAGACGCUCCCCCGCCGCUUUGCCCUCAGGUGGAUGGUCGAACACGGCCUUGAAGCGACGGGAGAACUCGGCGUAGGAGAUGGUGGUGGCGUCCAUCCUCCUCCACUCGGCGUUGGCCCAUUCCAACGCCUUGCCUGUGAGACAGGAGAUGAGGGCGGAAACCCUCUCGUGUCCCGAGGGCACCGGGUGUACAGUGGCCAGGUAGAGCUCCACCUGCAGGAGGAACCCCUGACACCCGGCAGCUGUUCCGUCAUAAGCCCUCGGGAGCGAGAGCCGAAUCCCACUGGGUUCCGGACCUGGGACUGGUGGACCGGCCGAUGGGGGUGGCAGGGUAGGUGGAGGUGUGGGUACCCCUCUGGACUCCCAUCGGUGCAGGGUGUUGAUGACGUCCUGAAGAGCGGUCCCCAGUUGUCGUAUCUGGUCAUCCUGGCCGCGGACAUGCUCCUCCAGCGACUCAGGCGUGACGGUUGCUCCUGCUGAUUCCAUUCAAGUGGUGUGUGAUUCUGUCAUGGGGUGCUGAAGGUGGGUGUGGUGCAGGAAUCAAGUGCAGGACGCAGAAGCUAAGUCCAAAAGACUUUAGUGAGUUAUUCACGUAGUACACGAGAACACUAAGCCCGGAGGCGAAAUAACGGCGCACACAGGCGUCAAACAAAAGGGCGCACAAACAUGUGCGAAAACCUCUCCAAACACGGAGGGAAGAAUACGUAGCUCCGAACACCAAACAGAGGAGCAAUCACACACAACACCAUACACACACAACGAGAACUAAAUAGGACACUAAUGAGGACUAACUAGACACAGGUGUACAACAUCCAGACAAAACCAAACGAACAUGAAACAUAGAUCGGUGGCAGCUAGUACUCCGGGGACGACGACCGCCGAAACCUGCCCGAACAAGGAGGAGGAGCAGCCUCGGCCGAAACCGUGACAUCACCACUGGAUUAAUGCAAAUAAUCAUGAUAUCAUUCUGUCAGGUACACAUAGGCUACUUUGUAGUUAACAUUUAAUUGUUGAUAGUUAUCAUUGGCAUCAUCGCUAAGGGCUACUAGCCAGCAGAUCUGACCCGCUUGCUUACAGCUGCACUAGGGUUGGCAGGCUUCCUGUAUAGAUUAAGACACCUCAGUUUACUUUAAAACUAGCAGUCAUUCAAUCUUCUCGGUGGAACAGUUGGGAUAAUUGGACAAUUUGAAAUACAACGCAUUUCUCACCCCUGGAUUGAGGUACGUUUUCCGAGCCAUAUCUUGUGCCUGCUCCGCGGUGUCUUAAUCUAGACAGAAAGCCUGUCCGAUCUUAGUGCAGCUGUAAGCAAGCGGGUCGUAUCUGCUGGCUAACGGCUACAUAAAGUAGGCAAACUGGCACACACAGACAGAGUGGCAUUGCCUCUUCAGAAAGUUUAAGGAAAAUAGGAAUCACUAAUGCAUUUUGUUCAUCUCUUAUGAUAAUCUGGACAAAUUCAUACAUUUUCUAAUCAGUUCAAUACAUUUAGUUGAUUUUCUACUGUUCAAUACAUUUUUGAAUAUUGUUGAAUUCCAUUUUAAUGUCUGGAUUCCGUGAUUUUGUCUGCGUUCUCCGCAGUGCAGAUUUGAUAGAGUUGGGACGCAGCCAUUGUCACAGAAUAUUUUGUUCCAACAUGAAUUCUAUUUUUGCCAAAUGCUUUAUAUGGCUCUGGUUGUUAUUAAACGUCAAUUGUAACCUUAUAUAGACUAGUUAUAGACUAACUACAAUGAACAAAAAUAUAAAUGCAACAUAUAUAGUGUUGGUCCAAUGUUUCAUGAAAUGAAAUAAAAGAUACCUGAAAUUGUCCAUACGCACAAAAAGUGUAUUUCUCUCAAAUUUUGCCCACAAAUUAGUUUACAUCCCUGUUAGUGAGCAUUUCUCCUUUGCCAAGAUAAUCCAUCCACCUGACAGGUGUGGUAUAUCAAGAAGCUGAUUAAACAGCAUGAUCAUUACAUGGUCUGGGGACAAUAAAAGGCCACUCUAAAAUGUGCAACACUGUAUUCCCAGUCAUGUGAAAUCCAUAGAUUAGGUUCUAAUGAAUUUAUUUGAAUUGACUGAUUUCCUUAUAUGAACUGUAACUCAGUAAAAUCUUUGAAAUUGCGUUUAUAUUUUUGUUCAGUGUAUAUAGACUACUCGCCAUGUAUUAAAUAAUAAAUACUCUUCUUUGUAGAACAUCCACCUGGUGGCCAAGUGGCUGGGCAGCCUGGAUAAACUAGUGGAGCGCUACAGCAUGGGUAGCCAUGACGACUAUCGCGUGUACAUGUCAGCUGAGCCUUCGCCCACGCCAGAGUCGCACUACAUCCCCCAGGGCCUGCUGGAGAACGGCAUUAAGAUCACCAACGAACCACCCACCGGCAUGCAAGCUAACCUGCACAAGGCCCUGUAUCUCUUCAACCAGGUAACACACACACGUACGCUCACACACACACACAAACACUGACUUUACAAAACAUUAAGAACUGCUCUUUCCAUGAGACUGACCUGGUGAAAUCUAUGAUCCCUUAUUGAUGUAACCUGUUAAAUCCACAUCUAUCAGUGUAGAUGAAGGAGAAGAGACAGGUUAAAGAAGGAUUUCUAAGCCUGGAGACAAUUGAGACAUGGAUUGUGUAUGUGUGCCAUUCAGAGGGUGAAUGGCCAAGACAAAAUAUUUUAGUGCCUUUGAAUGGGGUAUGGUAGUAGGUGCCAGGCGCACCAGUUUGUGUCAAGAACUGCAACGCUGCUGGGUUUUUCACCAGUUUCUUGUGUGUAUCAAGAAUGGUCCACCACCCAAAGGACAUCCAGCCAACUUGACACAACUGUGGGAAGCAUUGGAGUCAACAUGGGCCAGCAUCCCUAGGGGGGUGCAACUCAAUAUUAGGAAGGUGUUCUUAAUGUUUGGUGUACUCAGUGUACAGUACAUGCCCACACUUAAACAUUGAAUUUGAGUUUAAUGUAAUCUCUUCCCUAUCUCUGUGUGUGUGUGUGUGUGUGUGUGUGUGUGUGUGUGUGUGUGUGUGUGUGUGUGUGUGUGUUAGGACACUCUGGAGAUGUGCUCUAAAGAGUCAGAGUUCAAGGUGAUCCUGUUUGCGUUAUGCUACUUCCACGCCGUGGUGGCUGAGAGGAGGAAGUUUGGAGCUCAGGGCUGGAACAGAUCUUACCCCUUCAACAACGGAGACCUCACCAUCUCCGUCAACGUGCUCUACAACUACCUGGAGGCCAACUCCAAGGUGAGUGUGUGUGACUGACCUCACCAUCUCUCAAUCAGCCUAGAGCUUUAUGGCCCUGCUACACUACAGCCAUCGAGCGUCCGGCAUUGCCAUCAGCCAUUGAGGGACUGCUUCCUUUGAAAUCAAUGAAAGCUGCUGUACUGUUCGCGUUGCAUCGUGUCCAAUGUCAGCGUCCAACCUCAAGAAUCGCUGAGGUUCAAUGCUCGAUGGCUGACGUGCGCGUUCAUUCUAUCUUGUGAAUUGAAAUAAUGAGAAAUAAGUUGAUUUUGGUUUGUUUCUGUGUAGCAGGUAGAACGGCACAUUGGUGGUGACGUGUGUAGUGUGUGUCUGACCCCACUCUCUCUCUCCCCCUUCGUCUUUCUCCAUUUCUCUCUCCCUCCAUUCUCUCUCCCCACCCCCUCUCUCCAGGUGCCGUGGGACGACUUGCGCUAUCUGUUUGGGGAGAUCAUGUACGGCGGCCACAUCACAGACGACUGGGACAGGAAGUUGUGUCGUACCUAUCUGGAGGAGUACGUCAGACCUGAGAUGCUGGAGGGAGAGCUGUACCUUGCACCCAGCUUCCCUGUACCACCCAAUUCUGACUACAAGGUUUGGAACACACACACACACACUCUUUCACAACACAAGACAUCACCCUUGAAAACUACAAAUAUUGUUACCUCAGUAACCCUCAGUGUGUGUGUCCAGGGCUACCACAUGUACAUAGAUGAGGUGCUGCCUCCAGAGAGCCCCUACCUGUACGGCCUCCACCCCAACGCUGAGAUCGGCUUCCUCACCAUCACCUCAGAGAAGCUGUUCCGCACUGUGCUGGAGAUGCAGCCCAAAGAGUCAGACGCAGCCGGGGGAGGAGGGGUGUCCAGAGAGGAGAAGGUAUGAAAGCCACUAUCACUACACCUCAGAGCCUUUAAUGAGCCCCCACUAGAGUCCUGACCUGUGUGUGUGUUUUCCCCUAUAGGUGAAGGGCAUCCUGGAUGAGAUCCUGGAGAAGCUGCCGGAUGGUUUCAACAUGAUAGAGAUCAUGGCCAAGGUGGAGGAGAGAACUCCCUACAUCAUCGUGGCCUUCCAGGAGUGUGAGAGGAUGAACUUCCUCACCAAGGAGAUCACGCGCUCUCUCAAAGAGCUCAACCUUGGACUCAAGGUACGAGAGAGACAGUGUGUAUGUGUGUGACAUGACAUCACAGUGGUUGUCUGUAGUCAUUCUGAAAAGAGUACACAGCGAAUGGUGUGACCACUGUUCCAGCUCAUUUUUUCCAGCACUGAGCAAAUUUCAGGUCUGCUGAGCGCAAACUUGAACAUUGUGAAAAUUCUGUGUAACUUCCAGCGCACGUUUACUGUGAACACUGAGGCUGUACCUGCUUUAAGUUACAGUUGUAACAGUGGCCAUGUAGACUACUGUGGCUAUUUGAUCAUAAUGUAGGCCUACCAAAGUGGCCUACCAUCAAAAACAAUGGAGAAAAUGCAUCCCAUAACAUUUUAACAUGGAAAUAGCAUUCAGCCUACAGUAGCAGCCAAUGUGUGGUGUUCAAUGUAGGCCUACAUUCCAUGAGACUUUUGAAAAAAACAUGCAGGGCUUGACAUUAACCUGUUUAUCCACUUGUCCUUCAGACAAGGUGGUGACUGAAAAUGCUGUUGUGUUGUUUGAUGCAAGAAAUAACUUUAUUAUAGCAUUAUUAUUCUCAUACCAUUAUGACAGAGAAUCAGACAAAUUAUGCUACCCUCUGCCUUUUGGCUACUUAGCUUAUUCAAGCCUGUCUCAAAAUACAACACUCUUUACAACAACAAAAAAGCUCUUUACCUGACUCGCUUUUCAAAAGUGUCUAGAAAUAUACACAUUUUGUGCUCUUGUAGGAAGCAAUCACUCCCCUAUUGCUGACUUCAAAUGAUCUACAGUGGGGGAAAAAAGUAUUUAGUCAGCCACCAAUUGUGCAAGUUCUCCCACUUAAAAAGAUGAGAGAGGCCUGUAAUUUUCAUCAUAGGUACACGUCAACUAUGACAGACAAAUUGAGGAAAAAAAAUCCAGCAAAUGACAUUGUAGGAUUUUUUAUGAAUUUAUUUGCAAAUUAUGGUGGAAAAUAAGUAUUUGGUCACUUACAAACAAGCAAGAUUUCUGGCUCUCACAGACCUGUAACUUCUUCUUUAAGAGGCUCCUCUGUCCUCCACUCGUUACCUGUAUUAAUGGCAACUGUUUGAACUUGUUAUCAGUAUAAAAGACACCUGUCCACAACCUCAAACAGUCACACUCCAAACUCCACUAUUGCCAAGACCAAAGAGCUGUCAAAGGACACCAGAAACAAAAUUGUAGACCUGCACCAGGCUGGGAAGACUGAAUCUGCAAUAGGUAAGCAGCUUGGUUUGAAGAAAUCAACUGUGGGAGCAAUUAUUAGGAAAUGGAAGACAUACAAGACCACUGAUAAUCUCCCUCGAUCUGGGGCUCCACGCAAGAUCUCACCCCGUGGGGUCAAAAUGAUCACAAGAACGGUGAGCAAAAAUCCCAGAACCACACGGGGGGACCUAGUGAAUGACCUGCAGAGAGCUGGGACCAAAGUAACAAAGCCUACCAUCAGUAACACACUACGCCGCCAGGGACUCAAAUCCUGCAGUGCCAGAUGUGUCCCCCUGCUUAAGCCAGUACAUGUCCAGGCCCGUCUGAAGUUUGCUAGAGUGCAUUUGGAUGAUCCAGAAGAGGAUUGGGAGAAUGUCAUAUGGUCAGAUGAAACCAAAAUAGAACUUUUUGGUAAAAACUCAACUUGUCGUGUUUGGAGGACAAAGAAUGCUGAGUUGCAUCCAAAGAACACCAUACCUACUGUGAAGCAUGGGGGUGGAAACAUCAUGCUUUGGGGCUGUUUUUCUGCAAAGGGACCAGGACGACUGAUCCGUGUAAAGGAAAGAAUUAAUGGGGCCAUGUAUCGUGAGAUUUUGAGUGAAAACCUCCUUCCAUCAGCAAGGGCAUUGAAGAUGAAACGUGGCUGGGUCUUUCAGCAUGACAAUGAUCCCAAACACACCGCUCGGGCAACGAAGGAGUGGCUUCGUAAGAAGCAUUUCAAGGUCCUGGAGUGGCCUAGCCAGUCUCCAGAUCUCAACCCCAUAGAAAAUCUUUGGAGGGAGUUGAAAGUCCGUGUUGCCCAGCGACAGCCCCAAAACAUCACUGCUCUAGAGGAGAUCUGCAUGGAGGAAUGGGCCAAAAUACCAGCAACAGUGUGUGAAAACCUUGUGAAGACUUACAGAAAACGUUUGACCUGUGUCAUUGCCAACAAAGGGUAUAUAACAAAGUAUUGAGAAACUUUUGUUAUUGACCAAAUACUUAUUUUCCACCAUAAUUUGCAAAUAAAUUCAUAAAAAAUCCUACAAUGUCAUUUUCUGGAUUUUUUUUUCUCAUUUUGUCUGUCAUAGUUGACGUGUACCUAUGAUGAAAAUUACAGGCCUCUCUCAUCUUUUUAAGUGGGAGAACUUGCACAAUUGGUGGCUGACUAAAUACUUUUUUCCCCCACUGUAUUACUGGGCCUAUAACUCACUAACUAGCAAAGGAUAUGAACAAAAUGUGCACGUGGCUACAUGAAGCUCUCGCUUUGAUCUCAAAACAAGGGCAUCUACUUACGACCACUUAUGCUGUAAAUAAAGUUCAGUUCAAUGUAAAUGGCACAGAUCCAUAUACAAUACCAGUCAAAAGUUUGGACACACCUACUCAUUCAAUUACAUUGUAGAAUAAUAGUGAAGACAUCAAAACUAUGAAAUAACACAUAUGGAAUCAUGUAGUAACCAAAAAAGUGUUAAACAAAUCAAAAUAUAUUUUAUAUUUGAGAUUCUUCAAAUAGCCACCCUUUGCCUUGAUGACAGCUUUGAACACUCUUGGCAUUCUCUCAAUCAGCUUCAUGAGGUAGUCACCUGGAAUGCAUUUCAAUUAACAGGUGUGCCUUCUUAAAAGUUAAUUUGUGGAAUUUCUUUCCUUCUUAAUGUGUUUGAGCCAAUCAGUUGUGUUGUUACAAGGUAGGGGGGGGUAUACAGAAGAUAGUCCUAUUUGGUAAACGACCAAGUCCAUAUUAUGGCAAGAACAGCUCAAAUAAGCAAAGAGAAACGACAGUCCAUCAUUACUUUAAGACAUGGGAUGGUCAGUCAAUAUGGAACAUUACAAGAACUUUGAAAGUUUCUUCAAGUGCAGUCGCAAAAACCAUAAAGCGCUAUGAUGAAACUGGCUCUCAUGAGGACCACCACAGGAAUGGAAGACCCAGAGUUACCUCUGCUGCAGAGGAUAAGUUCAUUAGAGUUACCAGCCUCAGAAAUUGCAGCCCAAAUAAAUGCUUCAAAGAGUUAAAGUAACAGACACAUCUCAACAUCAUCAUGGUCGAAUUGCUGCAAAGAAUCCACUUCUAAAGGACACCAAAAAGAAGAGACCUGCUUGGGCCAAGAAACACGAGCAAUGGACAUUAGACUGGUGGAAAUUUGUCCUUUGGUCUGGAGUGGAAAUUUGAGAUUUUUGGUUAAAACCGCCGUGUCUUUGUGAGACGCGGUGUGGGUGAACGGAUUAUCUCCGCAUGUGUAGUUCUCACCGUAAAGCAUGGAGGAGGAGGUGUUAUGAUGUGGGGGUGCUUUGCUGGUGACACUGUCUGUGAUUUUAUUUAGAAUUCAAGGCACACUUAACCAGCAUGGCUACCACAGCAUUCUGCAGCGAUACGCCAUCCCAUCUAGUUUGGGCUUAGCGGGACUAUCAUUUGUUUUUCAACAGGACAAUGACCCAACACACCUCCAGGCUGUGUAAGGGCUAUUUUACCAAGAAGGAGAGUGAUGGAGUGCUGCAUCAAAUGACCUGGCCUCCACAAUCCCCCAACUUUUUUUUACAUUUGACAUUUUAGUCAUUUAGCAGACGCUCUUAUCCAUAGCGACUUACAGUUAGUGAGUGCAUACAUUUUUCAUACUGGCCCCCCGUGGGAAACGAACCCACAACCCUGGCGUUGCAAGCACCAUGCUCUACCAACUGAGUUACAGGGGACCAGACUUCAACCCAAUUGAGAUGGUUUGGGAUGAGUCGGAAGGCAGAGUAAAGGAAAAGCAGCCAACAAGUGCUCAGCAUAUGUGGGAACUCCUUCAAGACUGUUGGAAAAGCAUUCCAGGUGAAGCUGGUUGAGAGAAUGCCAAGAGUGUGCAAAGCUGUCAUUAAGGCAAAGGGUGGCUAUUUGAAGAAUCUCAAAUAUAAAAUAUAUUUGGAUUUUUUUAACACUUCUUUGGUUCCUACAUGAUUCCAUAUGUGUUAUUUCAUAGUUUUGAUGUCUUCACUAUAAUUCUACAAUGUAAAAAAUAGUAAAAAUAAAGAAAAACCCUUGAAUGAGUAGGUGUGUCCAAACUUUUGACUGGUACUGUGUGUACAAAAGCUGAAGAACAUAGGCACAUCCAGGUGCUUUCCCAGGUUCUGGAGUUGUAGACAAACUGAUGGAAAACAGAAAGGAAAACGCCGCACACUGCUGCUCAUGUAUUUAUAACAACGUUUCCACCCUUAGGAUGCCUGAUGAAGACCUAAGGGUGGAAACGUUGUUAUAAAUACAUAUCACCUGGGAGCGUGAGCAGCAGUGUGUGGCGUUUUCCUUUCUGUUUUCCACAGAUCCAUAUAUGGCAAUGGUUUAUUUGCAUAUAGGCCUACUGCAGCUCUGAUUGGUUAUGGUGCACUGGUCUGUGUAGAGUAGGGGCUAAGUAGUGUGUCAAUGCAAUAGAAUUCUACACUGAUGCGUUCUGCCUACAAAAUCUCUUGCAUUGUUCGUUUUGUUUCGGUAUGUUGCAUUGAUAGUGGCUAAUAUUGCGUUGAUUUGAUCACAAUUGCCACAGUGAAGGGAAACGUUGAUAGUGUUAACAGGGAAAACUCUAGAACAGUGGUCACCAACCUUUACUGAGUCAAGAUCACUUUCUGAGUCAAAAUGCAAGGUAAGAUCUUCUGCUCAGAUUUUUUUUUAACAUGACUUAAAAAAACAUAAACCUAUGCAACAGUAACCAGUUAAAAACAGUACUGUAGCAAUGAGGUUUGUGCAGUAAGCAAUAGGCCCAAUACAUUAUCACUGCAUAUUGGCUUUGCUUGAAUUGCCCUGCCAAUGCAUUGUUGUUCGGGCCAUUUAAAAAUAUAUAUAUUUCAAAAUUUGAGGUAGGCUAUAUGAUCACACUGGUAAUAGAGCCGUUGUUGUAUUACUUGUGAAGCACAGCUAAGCACAGCUGAGUGAGCAUACAUUUAAAUAAUUUGCUUUUUAUUUUAUUGGGCUGAUGGUGCCUGCAUCUGAUGGUCAGUCUCAGCAGAGGGAGAGAGCAGCAGACUGAUGGUCCGCCUCUCAACAUCCCUCCGCUCACCCUUUCCUCCACUGACACUGACCAAAAAGGGACACCGUCUUCCAGCUGAUGGCGAAACUCGAGUCGCACAGCAUUAUUUCUGUCUCAUGCACAAAUUUAUGUUGUUACUCCUAUGAACAGAGAAAGUUAAAUAUUCCUCAAUAUUAAAAAAGACCCAAACCGCUAAUAACAACAAUGCAAGCCUAUAGAUACACUUUCCUACUCAUUCAUUACUGCUACAGUGCUUGUUGUAGCGCUGAGUGGAAAUAGGAAGAACACACAUUUUAUGGCUUAUAAAAGUGUUGAAUACAAAGUGUUGACAGUGCUGAGUAAGAACUUAAACAUGAACUCAUAAAAACAGCUUUUUGCUGUAUUCGUUGAUAGUCUCUCUCUAGUCAUGGUUUUAAAUGUUUGUAAAUCUCACAGUACCUUCAGACACAUGAAAUGGUUCAUAAUGGCAACAGUUUGCCUACACGGCAUGCAGGGCAGCUAAAUCAGGUACCUACCGCCAACAGCCCGAGACAUAUAAAAAAAUAAUAAUAGGAACAAGGCUUUCUUUACAGAAAUGUUUGGCGAUCAACUAGGAAUGCCUAGGAGACCAAUCGACCGGUUGGUGACCACUGCUCUAGAAAGUUGAGUGACGUUCAAUCUCCUGCUUCUCUCUGUGGGCUGAUAUUUCUACAAGGCAGUCCAGGGGAGCUGCUCAGCAGUCUCGGGACUACUGCACGUAGCUUAGAGGGAACAUUGGGUGUGAAAUUCUGUCUUUGUCUGUCUCUGUAGGGUGAGUUGACAAUCACAACUGAUAUGGAGGAGCUGGGUAACGCUCUGUUCCUGGACACGGUGCCAGAGUCCUGGACCAAGCUGGCCUACCCCUCCCUGCAGGGCCUGGGGGGCUGGUAUGCAGACCUGCUGCUCAGGAUCAAGGUACAACACCAUAAUACACUCUCUGAUCGGGAGACAUGUCCGUGAGUCCAUCAGUAUGUCUGUGGAUAGGGAUGUCCAUUUAUAUAGGAUAUGUGUGUGUCAUUGUCUACAUUUUCAUCCCAUGUUGUAUUAUUCACAACUUUGGCCGGGAUUCAAUUAAAGCGCAUUGUAGCACACUUGAAAUUUAAAGAGCAAGGGCCCGAUUCAGACUUAGGAAAUGUACGCCUUUCCUACGCACUUCUCAGUACUCGGUAUUCAGACUUACCUUAAGCAGGUGCGUAACAGGCUUUGCAGGCACGGUUCCCUUGCGCGUGUGUCACGAGAAUUUCUAUCUCUAAUUCAACCUAAGCUUGAAUCAUUACCAGAGGUUGCAAGGCUCUGGUUUUAAUCAUAAAUGAUUCAAGGUCCACAACCAGCAAGAAUGAUCUGUAUUUUUAUUCAUGGAGAGCUCUGGCGCCAAAACCCAUACACUCCUGUUUUAUACCCCUUGACACACAAAGGCACUUUGCUCCGCCCCCCUCUGUUAGUGGGUAGGGGGCUUUUUUUAACCCGUUUUCUCAGUCCCCUUCACCCUGGAAUGUUUAGUCCCGCCCCCCUCUGUUAGUGGGUUGCCACUACAUUAUAACUCUAACACCGUUCACACAUUUAUACUGUAUUUGGGGUGAAAUCCUUUAGUCAUUAUUCUUAAAAUACAAAUUAAUCUAACAAUCCACCCCUUUGACUAAAUGUUUUCACAUUCAGGAUAAAUGUAUUUUACAAGCAUGAUUAAUCUCAGAGAUCACGUCAGAACUAAUAAACAUUUCAUCCAAUUGCAGUCUUUCAGGGUCCAAAUCCUCGUCAUCCACCAAGCCUGGAGGAUCGUUUUUCACAUUCCCCUGGUCAGAGUCCGGAGUCAGUCCAUCUCUCAUCAUUGUUUAGAUACUGCAUUUCACCAACACCUGACUCACCAAUCCUCGGACACAGGGAACAAGACAACAACCACAUAAUACAAGAAUACCCAUACAAACACUGACCGCUCCUAAGAUGGUGGCUGCUAUGGUUUUCCAUUUACCAAACAUUUCAUCAAACCACCCUAUCCACGAUGUACUAACUUCUGAGUUCUCAGUUCAUUCUUCACUUAGUGCAGUUAAUUAUGUAAGAGCUCUGGUGACUGUCCCAUCCAGUGUGGUGUUGUUAGGGAUAAAUGUGCAACAAUGGCUUAUCAUUCUAUAGACACCGGCCCUUUCUGCCUGAUCUAGAACCAACCUCUACUAAGUUAUGAGCGGGAUUGCGGAUAAUUGCUCGAAGAUCCCCUUUACUGCAUCUCUAGUCUGGUUAAUAAAUCGUUGUUGGUUGUAAUAGAUAUAAUUUAUCCAAUCCACAUUCUUGUUUAUUGUCACCCACCAGAAAAAUGUUGUGGUAAAACCCUCCCAUAUUUGAUUCAUAGCUUUGUAUUCGUCUGGAACACCCCUGGGGAUGCCUAUACCAUCUAUCCAAAUUGGGCUAUUUCCUUCCUGACCUAUAUUUCUCCUCCUCCUGAUUAUUCUUCCUGUCACUGGUCUUUGAUGAAAUUCUUACAGGUUUGGACCAACAAUACUGGUGCACAAGUACCCACCCAUCCUUCUGGUAAUGUCUGUCUUAUGCUCCCUUUGUUAGUACAUGCCCACCACACAUCAGUCAGAGGGAUGGUAAGGUUCAUACUUUUCCCCUCCCUUCCUUAUCUAAAUCAGUCACAUUAAUUUUCUCCUUACAGCCAUCAAAAUCACCCAAGUUACGGGUGCCAUUUCUAUGUCUGCAACACUGGUAUUCGCCAGGAGUUAAAAUGAAUCUAGGUGGGCUGGCCGAGUAAGUCAACUUUGCCAGCCCAAUCCCUGUGCAAUUGGGCUCUUUUUGAUUGGACCCCAGGUCUAAUACACAGGGAAACAUUGCCUUUGGCAUUGGGGGCGGUCAACAUUGUCGGUCGCCCAAUGGAGCAUGCAUAACAAUUGGUCUCCCCCAAGGCCCUAGCGGUGUACUUCAUCCACUUUAACCAGAGAUUCUCAUCAGGGACCCCCUCCACUUCCCCUUGGUUCCAUUCUUGGAGGAGAAAAUCUUUCAUAGUGGACGGGUUAGUCGAAUUGACUCCGUCAUCCCUUGACUGAUCUACUCGGUCUAUUGCUAUAAAUGGAUUAAUGACAGUACCUGUGCCCUCCAUAUCUUUUGACUCCAUCAAAUGUAAUCUUAGACAAGUAUCCCGUCCGUAUUUGUCCGUGCAAGCCCAGUAAAUUAUUUUAAUGUCCUCUUUAGUGACCUUUACUAUUGUUACUACCAUCUCCGUGGGGAUGUCAUUAUACCUUCUUAUCCUCCAUCUGGACGUCCAGCCCGCCCCCCCCCCCCCCCCCCAGUAUGUCUAAAUACCUGAGCCCAGGAACAAUACACCGAGGGAGCUGAACAUAAAUACAAUGGGAUCUUAUAAUCCCACGUUGCUUGCUUAUUUGCCCUGAUAAGAUCCCUAAUCCUAAUUUUGAAUCUUACUCCCCACCCUUCUCUGACUCCUAUUUUGUAGAUCACUCGCCCUUGACGGUCAGUAUGUCGGGUCGCUUCCCUUUUAUUUCUUAAUAAUGGUAAGGCCAUAGCGUAAUUGGUGCGAGGUGGUGGUGGAUCUUGACAUACCAAGACUAUUACCGAGACUAUGAUGCAGCUCAGGGUCACCCAUAUUCCCAAAAACCGCCAACCCUCUCCUGCCUUUAGUCCUUCUGCUUGGUACCACCCCAUACUCACACCCUAAGAACACACUACAGUGAUGAUAGGUCGGGGUAGGAGAUCUUCGUUAACAGAGGUGAUCCCCAGACCUUAUUGGUUCAGUUCUUCUCUCCAACUCUGUGUGUGUUUCAGUGGUGCUUGUAUGUGGUCUUCCCUCUUGCAGUGGGUAACAUGGACCCAGGUUACUCUCUCUGCUAUUCUAAUGGCCAAGGCAGUGACCAAUAUAACCUGAUAGGGCCCUUCCCAACAGGCCUGCUUCCAGUUUUUCUUCUUUAGGGACUGGAUGCUCACCAGUCACCUGGUUAGAUAGAGUGGGUCACCUUCUCCUUUAGUUCACCGGUGGGGCACAAAACCUCUGACAUACGGGUGUGGUUAAUAAACUAUCUUCACACAUGUUCAGAUUAAUCUAACAAUUUCUGACUGCAUUCUCUUUCUAGACUGUAUCUAAAAAAAAAAAUUAUUUCUUUUUUUUUAAAGUAUUUUGUACUCUCCUUCGUAUAUUAUUUAAUCCUACCAUUAGCCUCUUCCCCCCUCUUGACACAUAGUUCUGCUCAUGUGUCAAUAUUACCACCUACCUAAACAAUCACUUAGGUAAUUUAUCAACCAAUUGCCAUGCCUUUUAUUUUUUUAUUGCUCCUCCCACUUCCUUUGUCUUUUAUGGUGGCUAAAUUCGACUUUCAUUCAGUUCAGAAUCAAUUAGUAAUCCAAUCAAUCAAUCUCUUAUUUUGUAAAAACACGUAUGUUUAGUUCAAACUCUGUUCUACCCCGGCUCUUCCGGGCUUGACCUGAAGACUGAUUGUUGGACAUGACAAGUCCAUAUUUAAAUAUUUCAAACCUAACACAACCCCCCCCCCCCUCCUGCUGUAAUCAAUCAAGAAGAUAGCAAAGGAGAGACAGGUUUUAGCCUGAACUCUGCUUAAUCCUGGUGCUGCUCCCUUCACAAUGUUUGAAGAGAGACAAAAGACAGCCAUGGAUUGAAGUAAGAGCAAGCACUUCGACCCUAGGUCACCUAAGUCUUCUGCCUAGCAACAAAGAAUAAAAACCUCUAUGUUCGUGAUUAACCCAGUUAUAUCUAAUAGCCCACCAAAAAAAAAAAACAUCAUCAUCUUUAAAUCACGACCAAUGUCAUAUCCCUCUUUACUCUCUACCAUUUGGGUAACAUCCCUGAUAUAUGUAUGAAAAGCUAAGACUGUUUGGGAAGAGAGCAACAACAUAAACUGUUCUUCCUCCUCAGAGUUCCAAAUGAUUUUACCAUGGGCUGCCAUUGCCUUCCCAUAGAUAAGAUCACUUAAUUUUCCAGUAUGCAGUACAUAAUGGAGUACCCAAGCUUUACAGCAGUCCAUCAUCACCAAAAAUCUCAUCAUUCUUCAUCUAUUUUUGUUUUUCUCCAUCUAGUCCCUAUCUUCCUGAUCUUAUUGCUAAAUCAAUGAUCUAUGCAAUAGCUGUUUCGCCUUAGAUUGUACCUUCCUCUGAUUACUGCAGCUCAUUGCAUCAAUUUAGUUUCAAAUUUCACCCAACAAACCAUUCCAUCCCACAGCAUAGCAAACACCACCUAUGAACUGUUGAAAAUCCCCUAAAUUCAACAUAACAACCCUUUAUAAACAUCAUGCUGGGUGUGUUGUUUUUUUAUUUGAAAAACCCAAUUGAAAAACAACAAUCAAAGAUAGCCAGGCUCAACUUAAUUUGGUAGCUCACUUUUAUGACCUAAAUACUGCCUAACUUCACUACUGCUCCCCCUCGCCCUGAGCAAUAUUCCAAUGAGAUAAGCUAAUCUCUUUCUCCUGGUUAUACAUUUUGUUAACCUUCAAUUACCAUCAGUAAUCUAAAGAUGGUAGUACACACAAAACAUGAUACAGAUAUCCCCAGUCCUAACCCAUCAAUAAUGUUUGUAAUUCUAAUUCCUCAUAACUAAUCCAUAAAACCACUCAAAAUUCCUCGAGUAUACAAUGAUUAUUUAAUUGAUUACCCUAAAUCUGCUACAUGUGAUCUCAUCUCAAAUGAUCCAUUAUCAAUUAUUUGAUCCACCCCCUAGGAAAAUCUCUCUCCCCUUCUAUUCUGGAGUUCUACCUCUACCAGCUAUUUCCCCUAGAGUGGCCAUUAAAUACUCUGCUCCCUUCUGUUCUUUUCUUACUAUAUCCUGUCUACUAUUCUGCUCAUGAUGGAUUGCAUAUCUCUUGACCUCGGCUAACGAAGUAGUUCCCCAUCCCACUAAUGUCCUCUUAAUAUUCCUGCUUAUUUCUGGUCUCAUUCCACUAAGGAAUGCUAUUUUUAGCUGCUGAUGGUACGGAGUAUCAUUUCCCUGCCCCUGGGGAGGCUCAGGUAUGCCACUAUUUGCGUUAAAUACAUUUCUCAGUCUCUCUAAGUAUUGGCUGAUGGUCUCACUGUCUUCCUGUUUACAUUCAUGUACUUUGGAGAAGUCCGCAUGUCGAUGGUAAUGUUCCCUCAAAUUAUUACACAACUCAGUUAUUUUCCCCUUUAACUUCAUACUUAUAACCAAUGUUUUUUCAAUCCAUCAUCCUAAUAGUAAAAACAAUAUCCCAUUGUUCACGUAACGAAACACAUUUUUAUUUUUUGAAUCCACCAUUUAUUUUCAUCCACCACUGGUGUUACUCAACCUACAGUGGGGGAAAAAAUUAUUUAGUCAGCCACCAAUUGUGCAAGUUCUCCCACUUAAAAAGAUGAGAGAGGCCUGUAAUUUUCAAAAUUCACAUUGUAGGAUUUUUUAUGAAUUUAUUUGCAAAUUAUGGUGGAAAAUAAGUAUUUGGUCAAUAACAAAAGUUUCUCAAUACUUUGUUAUAUACCCUUUGUUGGCAAUGACACAGGUCAAACGUUUUCUGUAAGUCUUCACAAGGUUUUCACACACUGUUGCUGGUAUUUUGGCCCAUUCCUCCAUGCAGAUCUCCUCUAGAGCAGUGAUGUUUUGGGGCUGUCGCUGGGCAACACAGACUUUCAACUCCCUCCAAAGAUUUUCUAUGGGGUUGAGAUCUGGAGACUGGCUAGGCCACUCCAGGACCUUGAAAUGCUUCUUACGAAGCCACUCCUUCGUUGCCCGGGCGGUGUUUUUGGGAUCAUUGUCAUGCUGAAAGACCCAGCCACGUUUCAUCUUCAAUGCCCUUGCUGAUGGAAGGAGGUUUUCACUCAAAAUCUCACGAUACAUGGCCCCAUUCAUUCUUUCCUUUACACGGAUCAGUCGUCCUGGUCCCUUUGCAGAAAAACAGCCUCAAAGCAUGAUGUUUCCACCCCCAUGCUUCACAGUAGGUAUGGUGUUCUUUGGAUGCAACUCAGCAUUCUUUGUCCUCCAAACACGACGAGUUGAGUUUUUACCAAAAAGUUAUAUUUUGGUUUAAUCUGACCAUAUGACAUUCUCCCAAUCCUCUUCUGGAUCAUCCAAAUGCACUCUAGCAAACUUCAGACGGGCCUGGACAUGUACUGGCUUAAGCAGGGGGACACGUCUGGCACUGCAGGAUUUGAGUCCCUGGCGGCGUAGUGUGUUACUGAUGAUAGGCUUUGUUACUUUGGUCCCAGCUCUCUGCAGGUCAUUCACUAGGUCCCCCCGUGUGGUUCUGGGAUUUUUGCUCACCGUUCUUGUGAUCAUUUUGACCCCACGGGGUGAGAUCUUGCGUGGAGCCCCAGAUCGAGGGAGAUUAUCAGUGGUCUUGUAUGUCUUCCAUUUCCUAAUAAUUGCUCCCACAGUUGAUUUCUUCAAACCAAGCUGCUUACCUAUUGCAGAUUCAGUCUUCCCAGCCUGGUGCAGGUCUACAAUUUUGUUUCUGGUGUCCUUUGACAGCUCUUUGGUAUUGGCCAUAGUGGAGUUUGGAGUGUGACUGUUUGAGGUUGUGGACAGGUGUCUUUUAUACUGAUAACAAGUUCAUACAGGUAACGAGUGGAGGACAGAGGAGCCUCUUAAAGAAGAAGUUACAGGUCUGUGAGAGCCAGAAAUCUUGCUUGUUUGUUGGUGACCAAAUACUUAUUUUCCACCAUAAUUUGCAAAUAAAUUCAUUAAAAAUCCUACAAUGCGAUUUUCUGGAAUCUUUUUUCUCAAUUUGUCUGUCAUAGUUGACGUGUACCUAUGAUGAAAAUUACAGGCCUCUCUCAUCUUUUUAAGUGGGAGAACUUGCACAAUUGGUGGCUGACUAAAUACUUUUUUCCCCCCACUGUAUACAAUAAAGUAAUAACCAUUUGAAUUCAUCAAAGCACUUCCUGAUGGUGACCAGAGCCAUAAAUUAUUCUCCUUUGUCCUCAACUCAAUUUUCACAGCUCUAUCGCCAUUAAAAUGCCCAACAAAACAUAAUAGUUCAAUGGAACCCUCUAUUGGCUCUCUACUAUUUAUACAUUACUUCUAUAACCACUUUAGUUAUGGUCCGAUCACCCAUUAAACCUUAUCACAUAACCUUAUCACCUAAUCAAACAACGGCACAACCUUAAACUCAUCUCGGCCGGCUGGUAGCCCAGUAACCAAGAGCACCGUGUCAGAAACCGAGAGGUCGCCGGCUCCAAUCCCCGAGCCGACCAGGCGAAAAAUCUGCCGAUGUGCCCCCGAGCAAGGCACCCAACCCCCACUGCUCCUGCAAGUCGCUCCGGACCAGAGCGUCUGCCAAAUGACCAAAAAUGCAAAUGUAAAUAUUCUCUACUUUCUCACUCAUGACGUACGUCUACGUUUGGGUGAGAAAGUUCAUACGUAUAUAUCGUUGGAAAUUUAUAGGAACCUCUCAAAUAAUCGCUUCGUGGUGUUUUUAGCCAAUUCUUAAUCGACACGAAUCAUUUCUUCAAACAUUUUACCCGUGGAACCAAAAAAUAGACUGUCCUAUCUCCGACACUGCCCUUUCCUCUACCCCUGCAGUCACGAUGGUUAUGACCUGUUCUGUUACAGUAUUUACACGGGGCCUUACACUCCCUUGCCAAAUAUUCCUCUUUGUUACAGUUAAAGCACUUCCUCUCUCCUUCGCGCUUCCAAAAUACCCUCGCUGUCUCUAGCCCCUCCCCUCGCUGUUUUUUCAAAUCCGUUCCACAGUUUACAUGCAUCUGCUUAAUCAUAACUUUAACUUUUCCACAUCGAGAUGCCCAAUAAAUCCAUACCUCUUCUCCCAAAUGGAUCCAUAAAACAUAUUUCUUCGAUCUCUUCCUAACAUAUAUAUUUCGUCCCCCGUUAAUUCUCUGACCUCUUUAGAAUAUUUAUUUCCCAUGGUGGAAAAAUAAGAAAUCCCCCCGUUUAGUAAUAAUUCAAUCCAGAAUUAUUUUCCUAGGAGUUAUUAUUAAAUGAGUCUCUUGAGCCAAUGUUAUGAUCUGCUUUUGUAAUUAACCAUUUAAAUUAUCUAACCCGUAACCCAGAGGGUUUUUUAAAACUCCGGUUUCAUGAAAGGGGUCAGAUAACCAUUUUUUCUCACGCGAUCUAAUUCAGUCCCUCCUUGAAACAAUUAUCACGUAUUUCGAUGGAUCAUUAAGUCUCACACGUAUACAACAUUUAAAGAUUUAUUUCUAACACUAUCCGUAACCUAGAGGUCGUAACUGCUCCAGUUUCAUGAAAUAGACAGAGUUAGAGCAAAUCCCCAGUCGUUUACGCGACUUUUGACCUGUUUAAUGUAUCUAUCGCACACUACGAAAAUUAUCCCACUUCCUGUUUAUAUUGUAAAGACUGUAUCUCGUACAAUCUCAAUAUUAACUAUAUUAUUUUGGUAAUAGCUAUUUACCUAGGGUCAAUUACGGACCCCCCUUCCUUCCAUUAUAAUAAUUAUUAUUUCCUUUGAGAUUUUGGUAACUAUUCUCUGCCCUUCACAAGAAUUACUAUUCUUAUACAAGUUCAAAUAAUUACACCAAAAUCUAUGAAUAAAAAUUACUGACCUUUUCCUUGCAUUUUGGAUGUAAAUGCUUUUUCAAACUCGUUAACGUCUUUAUCGUUCAUAAGAGUAAUCACCGGCCUGUUUAUAACCUUAACGUCGAAGGCCAGGACUAUUCUCCACGGAUGCAAUCACCUGCCCGUGCACGGUUUCGGUGUCCUUAGAACGACAAAGACGUAUUUAAGCUCCGCUCGAAGGACCACUUGUCACAAGAAUUUCUAUCUCUAAUUCAACCUAAGCUUGAAUCAUUACCAGAGGUUGUAAGGCGCUGGUUUUAAUCAUAAAUGAUUCAAGGUCCACAACCAGCAAGAAUGAUCUGUAUUUUUAUUCAUGGAGAGCUCUGGCGCCAAAACCCAUACACUCCUGUUUUAUACCCCUUGACACACAAAGGCACUUUGCUCCGCCCCCCUCUGUUAGUGGGUAGGGGGCUUUUUUUAACCCGUUUUCUCAGUCCCCUUCACCCUGGAAUGUUUAGUCCCGCCCCCCUCUGUUAGUGGGUUGCCACUACAUUAUAACUCUAACACCGUUCACACAUUUAUACUGUAUUUGGGGUGAAAUCCUUUAGUCAUUAUUCUUAAAAUAUAAAUUAAUCUAACAGUGUGCUGAAUACAUUUAAUUAAACCACCGAAAACCCUCCCACUUGCUGGCCAACAGAUUACCUUGUGGAGUCUUUAUUCAAUAGGGUUUUCAGUACCUUUAUCUUAAGUCAUACAUUUAAAUAUGGUGUACCUUUAAUUCAAAUUUUGUCGACAGACUCACUAGAAUACAUAGAGAGAACGGGUUCAGAAUAUAGGGAUCAAUGAAAGAAAGCCAUCUAAAUAAACUGAGUGUACAAAACAUUAGGAACAACUUCCUAAUAUUGAGUUGAGAAAUGAAAAACCCAGUAGCGUUGCGGUUCUUGACAAAAACUGGUGUGCCUGGCACCUACUACCAUACCCCAUUCAAAGGCACUUACAUUUUUUGUCUUGGCCAUUCACCCUCUGAAUGGCACACAUACAUAAUCCAUGUCUCAAUUGUCUCCAGGCAGAACCCAAAUCUUGUUCUCAGUCGCAUUUCCUAAUGAGGAGAAUUGAGUCAAGGCUAAAAUCAGGAAGUUCAGUCCCCCUUUAAAGCCAGGUAAUUUCCAAUCGAGCCAACAUAUGCAGCGUUUACCGAGAAUGACAUCUCCGCGAACGCGGGAACAUUGCAUUUGAAAGACGCAUUAUCGAUAACACGCGAUCGUAUUGAAUAUUCUGUCCAUACAUACUCUGUUGAUUGCUUUUGUCUGUGUGUGUAGGAGUUGGAGUCAUGGACGGCAGACUUCGCUCUCCCCACCACGGUGUGGCUGGCAGGGUUCUUCAACCCCCAGUCGUUCCUGACAGCUAUCAUGCAGUCCAUGGCCAGGAAGAACGAGUGGCCUCUGGACAGGAUGUGUCUGUCUGUAGAGGUGACCAAGAAGAACCGCGAGGACAUGACCAGUCCACCCAGGGAGGGGGCCUACAUCUACGGACUCUACAUGGAGGGUACGGGUUAUCAUCUCGGUUGCAUUCUAAAAUGGCAUCCUAUUCCCUAUAUAGUAAAACACAAAAAAGCCAGACCACGAUUAGAAAAUAGAUACGUUUAUUCAGUCAGGCAAAUGGCUACUUUGGAUUUCUCCAAAGUGAUACACUGUAGAACACAUUUACGCCAAUUUUUGCCAUUAGCAAUGGCAUCAUGAAACAUCAGCCACCAUCUUCUGGAGAUGAAUAAGUCCGUCAAUAACACACAUCAGGUGCAGUCAAAACUUUAAUAUCAUUUUUAAAAACUCAUCAAAUUCUCUUAGGUUACAAAGAUAGUCAUCCAUUCACACAGAGUGCCCAGUUCAGAUCCUGGAAUGACUCACUGUAUGAGCUGGUUAGCGCAGGGUUUCCCAAACUUUCUCUCAGGCCUCCUUCCAGCAUUGGGGAACAUCCCUAGGGGGCACGCCCCACAGUUUGGGAACCACUGGUUUAGAGUACCGUAGUAAACACUGCUAGAUCAGUUCUCCUCUCAACCGUCCUUAAGGCUCCUCCAGGGAUCUCAAGACUCCACACACAGCGGUCUGUCUUGUCACCUUCACACACACGCACAGUUUGUUUAUUCACCUUCAGACCCACACCUGUUCACAUGCCUGUCUAUUCACCUUCAGACCCACACCUGUCUAUUCACCUUCAGACCCACACCUGUUCACACACCUGUCUAUUCACCUUCAGACCCACACCUGUUCACAUGCCUGUCUAUUCACCUUCAGACCCACACCUGUCUAUUCACCUUCAGACCAACACCUGUUCACACACCUGUCUAUUCACCUUCAGACCCACACCUGUUCACAUGCCUGUCUAUUCACCUUCAGACCCACACCUGUUCACAUGCCUGUCUAUUCACCUUCAGACCCACACCUGUCUAUUCACCUUCAGACCCACACCUGUUCACACACCUGUCUAUUCACCUUCAGACCCACACCUGUUCACAUGCCUGUCUAUUCACCUUCAGACCCACACCUGUUCACAUGCCUGUCUAUUUACCUUCAGACCCACACCUGUUCACAUGCCUGUCUAUUUACCUUCACACACACACACUUUACUCUCAUCAUGUACCAGAUUCUACUCUGUCAAUACAAAACUAAUGGGGAGGUUGUGGAAUGUACACAACAUCCUGGCUAACGUUCCUCCUGCUGGCAACAUGUACUCAGCAUAUUAAUGUUUGUAGUUCAUGGAAAACACCUUACUAGUUUCCGUGACAAAAACAGUGCUAUUUCUCAGGCAUUGGUAACUAAGUGGUCCGUUUGUACAGUAGAUAUACACAACCAUACAGUCUCAAUGUGGAGAUGGGGGUUGGAGUGAUGACAGAUGUUUCUAUGUUUAGAGUUCAAUACGGUAGGUAUGUAUGUGUCUGGUUGUGUAUGUGCAGGGGCGCGCUGGGACACCCAGACAGGGGUGAUAGCGGACGCUCGUCUGAAGGAGCUGACCCCCAACAUGCCGGUGAUCUUCAUCAAGGCGGUACCAGUGGACCGGCAGGAGACCAAGAACGUGUACGAGUGUCCCGUCUACAAGACCCGCAUGAGGGGUCCCACCUUCAUCUGGACCUUCAACCUCAAGACCAAGGAGAAGCCUGCCAAGUGGGUACUGGCUGCGGUCUGCCUCCUGCUCAGCGUGUAA